AUGCAGCAUUUAUCGAUCUUCUUCUCAGUUUUAAACAGAUGUUUCCCGAACGCCAACCUCAAAGUUCCUGACAAUUUUACAGUUAACAGCUUGAUCGGAAACCAGACACUUCCUAGUAUUACGAAUGCCUCCAAGUGAGAGACUUUCUCUUCCUUCAUUACUAGUCUUCUCUUUAUUGUGUUCUCUCAUUUUCUUUAUUCUCUGUCUUUAUCCCCUUCAUUUUUAUUUAUACCGGGGGAGGGGGGGAGGAGGGGGAAACUCUCAUCAUGAUCUCUCCUCUACUGUGAUUUUCUUAACCUGUAAUUUUCUCUCAUUUUUCUUUACAUUUUGUUUUAUGAUUGGUGUCCAUUAUUGUCUUUCCAUUAUUAAUUUUUUUUUUCCAGUCUGUUUUUUCAAGUUAUUUUGCUGGUCAUUUUUAGAAUUUCUUUCUCUCCUUUUUUUCCUAUUUCAGUGCCAUAGCGAACACCUUCAACUUGCAAAACUUGGGGAAGAAAAUAUUUGAGGAUUUUGCAAAGUCCUGGAUUUGGAUCCUUGUGUGAGUGUCCGCUAAGUUCUAACCUAUGUUUUUCCACUUUGUAUCCAAGAUACUCAUUGUUAUCAUGUAAUAUAAUGAUUAUCAUCCAUUUAUCUUACUGUAAAAGCAUUUUCCACAUAGGGUUGGAAAUAAAAUAUAAUGUCACCAGUGGAAGAUGUAUAUCGGCAUAAUUGAGUAAAAAAAAAGAUCUGACCAUAUUUCGGUCUUGCUUCUAGAUGUUCUUGACUUACAGGAAGUAUUUUUUAAUCCUCAGAAUAAUGUUUUAUUACUCACCAUUUUCAGUAUGGUCCCAUUAAUGGCUCCAUUAUACUAGAAGCUGACACAUAAUUUUUGUGAAAGAUUUGGUAUCAUGUCUCUCAAUAGUAUUGGUGAAUGUGUGGUCCUGUCUCUCCUCUCUUCCUCCCCAGUGGACUGGUUAUAGCUAUGCUGGUCAGCCUCCUGUUCCUCCUCCUCCUUCGAUUCACUGCUGGGAUCCUAGUCUGGGUCCUCAUCAUUGGUGUCAUUGGAGUCACGGCAUAUGGUAUAACUCUUAACAGAAAUUUUUGCAGUACUUCUAUCUAUACCUGGAACUAUGUGGCCUAAUUAAAUAUUUUCAUUGAAAUCUAAAUCAUCUCUUCACCUCUAUGCUCACGCUAUCUCUUUACUAUAAAUCACCCAUCACUCGCCCUCUGUGCCCAAGCUAUCUCUUUACUAUAAAUCACCCAUCACUCGCCCUCUGUGCCCAAGCUAUCUCUUUACUAUAAAUCACCCAUCAUUCGCCCUCUGUGCCCAAGCUAUCUCUUUACUAUAAAUCACCCGUCACUCGCCCUCGAUGCCCAGGCUAUCUCUUUACUAUAAAUCACCCGUCACUCACCCUCUGUGCCCAAGCUAUCUCUUUACUAUAAAUCACCCAUCAUUCGCCCUCUGUGCCCAAGCUAUCUCUUUACUAUAAAUCACCCGUCACUCGCCCUCGAUGCCCAGGCUAUCUCUUUACUAUAAAUCACCGUCACUCACCCUCUGUGCCCAAGCUAUCUCUUUACUAUAAAUCACCCAUCACUCGCCCUCUGUGCCCAAGCUAUCUCUUUACUAUAACUCACCCAUCACUCGCCCUAGGUGCCCAAGCUAUCUGUUUACUAUAAAUCACCUGUCACUCACCCUCUGUGCCCAAGCUAUCUCUUUACUAUAAAUCACCCAUUACUCACCCUCUGUGCCCAAGCUAUCGCUUUACUAUAAAUCACCCAUUACUCACCCUCUGUGCCCAAGCUGUCUCUUUACUAUAACUCACCCAUCACUCCCCUCUGUGCCCAAGCUAUCUCUUUACUAUAAAUCACCCAUCACUCGCCCUGUGCCCAAGCUAUCUCUUUACUAUAAAUCACCCUUACUCGCCCUCUGUGCCCAAGCUAUCUCUUUACUAUAAAUCACCAUCACUCCCCUCUGUGCCCAAGCUGUCUCUUUACUAUAAAUCACCCACCAAUAUUUCCUAUAAAACCUGGAUGUACAAUAAUCUCACUCUGUGUCUAAGUGUAUCAGAGAUUGAAGCAAACGUCAUUGAUUAAUGUUUUCAUUCCUUCUCCUAGGGAUAUAUCACUGUUACACAGAGUACGAUGCGCUGAAUAAAAGUGGAAGUACAAUCCAGAAUGUUGGUUUUACUGUGAACAUAGGUGUUUACUUCAAUGUGAAGGAGACAUGGCUGGCUAUUAGUGAGUAUGACCCUACUCUCUAAUACUUCCUACAUGGCCGGCUAUCAGUGAAUAUUAACUUACUCUCUAAUACUUCCUACAUACCCGGCUAUCAGUGAAUAUUCACUUACUCUCUAAUACUUCCUACAUGGCCAGCUAUCAGUGAAUAUUCACUUACUCUCUAAUACUUCCUACAUGGCCGGCUAUCAGUGAAUAUUCACUUACUCUCUAAUACUUCCUACAUGGCCGGCUAUCAGUGAAUAUUAACUUACUCUCUAAUACUUCCUACAUAGCUGGCUAUCAGUGAAUAUUCACUUACUCUCUAAUACUUCCUACAUAGCCGGCUAUCAGUGAAUAUUAACUUACUCUCUAAUACUUCCUACAUGGCUGGCUAUCAGUGAAUAUUCACUUACUCUCUAAUACUUCCUACAUGGCCAGCUAUCAGUGAAUAUUCACUUACUCUCUAAUACUUCAUACAUGGCCAGCUAUCAGUGAAUAUUCACUUACUCUCUAAUACUUCCUACAUGGCCAGCUAUCAGUGAAUAUUCACUUACUCUCUAAUACUUCCUACAUACCCAGCUAUCAGUGAAUAUUAACUUACUCUCUAAUACUUCCUACAUGGCUGGCUAUCAGUGAAUAUUAACUUACUCUCUAAUACAUGGCUGUCCAACCUGCAGCCCCUCAGAUGUUGCUGAACUACAACUCCCAUGAUUCCCUGGCUAUCUAUUUCAUUAAAAGACUCAUGGGAGUUGUAGACAGCCCUGCUCUAAUACUUCCUACAUGGCUGGCUAUCAGGGAGUAUUACCCUACUCUCUAAUACUUCCUACAUGGCCGGCUAUCAGGGAGUAUUACCCUACUCUCUAAUACUUCCUACAUGGCCGGCUAUCAGGGAGUAUUACCCUACUCUCUAAUACUUCCUACAUGGCUGGCGAUCAGUGAGUAUUAACUUACUCUCUAAUACUUCCUACAUAGCCGGCUAUCGGUGAAUAUUAACUUACUCUCUAAUACUUCCUACAUAGCCGGCUAUCAGUGAAUAUUAACUUACUCUCUAAUACUUCCUACAUAGCCGGCUAUCAGGGAGUAUUACCCUACUCUCUAAUACUUCCUACAUGGCCGGCUAUCAGUGAGUAUUACCCUACUCUCUAAUACUUCCUACAUGGCCGGCUAUCAGGGAGUAUUACCCUACUCUCUAAUACUUCCUACAAGGCUGGCGAUCAGUGAGUAUUAACUUACUCUCUAAUACUUCCUACAUAGCCGGCUAUCAGUGAAUUUUACCUUACUCUCUAAUACUUUCUACAUAGCUGGCUAUCAGUGAAUUUUAACUUACUCUCUAAUACUUCCUACAUAGCCGGCUAUCAGUGAGUAUGACCCUACUCUCUAUUACUUCCUACAUAGCCGGCUAUCAGUGAGUAUUACCCUUCUGUCUAAUACUUCCUACAUAGCCGACUAUCAGUGAGUAUGACCCUACUCUCUAUUACUUCCUACAUAGCCGACUAUCAGUGAGUAUGACCCUACUCUCUAUUACUUCCUACAUAGCCGGCUAUCAGUGAGUAUUACCCUACUCUCUAAUACUUCCUACAUGGCCGGCUAUCAGUGAGUAUGACCCUACUCUCUAUUACUUCCUACAUGGCCGGCUAUCAGUGAAUAUUACCCUACUCUCUAAUACUUCCUACAUAGCCGGCUAUCAGUGAAUAUUACCCUACUCUCUAAUACUUCCUACAUAGCCGGCUAUCAGUGAAUAUUACCCUACUCUCUAAUACUUCCUACAUGGCUGGCCAUCACCACACUAAUGCUCCGUGUUAGACUAACAACCGCUAUUAACCAUUAGUCUCUUUAUAAUCCCUUCAGAGGCACUGGGGAUGUAUUUUGCAUAUAUAUAUAUAUAUUUUUUUCCAAUAUCUAUAAAAAAAAUAAAAAUAAAGUGCAUUUUAUAAUAACUGAAGUUUGAGAUUACAUAAUUACAUAUAUAUUAUGUGUCCUAUCUUGAUAUAUAUCUUGAGAUUGUCACUUUUAUACUGUCUUCAUCUGUUAUACUUAUGUCUCAAUAAAAAUAGACUGACAAAAAAAAUGAUACAACUGCACUGAUUUUCUUACAACUUGCAACCUUUCAUUGCCCUAGUGACUUGUCUCUCUCUCUCGUCUGCAGUGAUCAUACUAAUUGUGGUGGAGGUGAUCCUUCUCUUACUUCUACUGUUCCUCAGGAAGCGGAUUCUCAUUGCAAUCGCUCUGAUUAAAGAAGCCAGCAAGUGAGUGAGGGCGUGUGGAACUUACCUCUUGUGUAGAAGGAGGAGAAAAUCUAUAAUAAGCAUGUUCUCUCUCUCCACAGGGCUAUUGGUCACAUAAUGUCCUCUCUUUUUUACCCUGUCGUGACUUUCGUCCUCCUGUUGGUCUGUAUAACAUACUGGGGGAUAACUGCCUUGUAUCCUUUAACAUUGAUGGAGCCAGACCCUCUGGGGCUUUUUACCAAGUCAGACCUCAUGGAAGAAAUCUGGGCAUAUUUUGCAAGUGAUGAGACUUAA